AAUGUGUUAACAGUUCUGUUGACAAGAAAGGAAUUCAGCCAGACAGAGUUAUUAAUCGAGUCGAAUUUCAUACGAGAAACAAUUAAACUGGGUUUUAGUAGCUACUUAUUCCCGAACUCUCUAACAUCUUUUGUCAUAAACAACUGUGAAGUUGGUAUCGAAAAGCUAGAAAAUGGUAAUCUAACAGAGUACAAAGCAAGAUUGAGGAAUUGUGAAUAUCAAGAGCCGCACGAAAGGUACUUCAUGUUUGAUCUUCACUACAACUCAGGAGAUAAUGUCCAGAUGUAUUCACUUGAUAAGAACGAACCUGCUUUCAAGCGUUAUAGCCAGUAUUCGAAAUACGCCACGACUUACUACGCAAGCGAAGAAAAGGAUGUAUACUACGCCAUUUUGAAUUUUCCAGCUUUGAUAGCAGAUGAUAUAACUAUAGAAAACUUUCGAUUCCUCUCCGUUUACGACAAAAAUCUAUAUGGAGAUUCUAUUCUAGGCAGUCACCAUUGGAUGUACAAUCUCUGAUGACGCUUAGUAUUCUUAAACACUGAAUUUGGUUAAUAUUUUGAAACGAUUUUUUUAAAUAUGUUUCCUCU